AUGUUUUCCAUAUUACUUGCACAACUUUCUCUUUCAGUUUCAGGCAAAGUUGUUGGGGAUAAUUCGUACAUGAUUUAUGAUAAGGACGGAAGGGAGAAUUAUGAAAUAAUUAAAGAACCUUAUACAAAAGUCAGAAUAGAUGGUGUUACAAAAAACAUUAAAGAAGCCACUGAUUUAGGCUACUCCGUUGAAAUUUAUAAUGAUGAAAAUUCAGAUUAUGUUAUUAUUUCACAGACAAUUACCAACAAAGGCUCAACGGAAAAGAAAAUUGACCUUUGCACAGCAUUGAAUUUAAAAGAUUCUAUAGAUAAUGUUGAAGCAUCAUCCCUUACAAACUUUGGUUAUUAUCUUUGGUGGGAUCAAACAAAUGAUCUGACACUAGUUCUGCAAAAUCAUCCUUGGGUUACAGAUAUCAGUGCCCAAGACUUUGGAAUAGAACCUGAGCCAAGAUUCUUCACGAACAAUGAGAAAAUUUUAGAAUACGACUCUGGAUUUCCUGAAAUUCAAUGGAUCUCAUUCUCAUGGCUCAACAAGUAUAUCCAACCAGGAAAGUCUAUCACACUUUCUUACAUGUUUUAUGAAGAGACAUAUCAACCGCCAUUACUUAAACUUGAUAAAUCUCUGAUUUCAGAAGAAACAGAUUCCACUGAAGUAAUUCAAGUAAAGGGAAGUUUUUAUUUCUUAGUUGAACCAUACACGGUAGAAGCAGGUUGGGAAAUUCAUGAUUCAAAAGAUAAGAUAAUCAAAUAUGGCAGCCUUGGCAAAUUUACAGUUUCAGAAAAACAAACAAGUAUGGAUUUUGAUGUGUCAAUCACACCACCAACAGAACUUGGAAAGUACACAUUAUAUGUUUACACAUAUACUAAUGGUCUUGGCUCAUUGCUUUAUGAAGAAUUCACAAUUACAGUUGUUCCACCAAAUUAUAGACCAAAGUUAUACAUUGUUCCAUCUGAAUACCUAUAUUACAUUCCAGAUUCUGAAGUUUCUUUUUUGGCUUCAGUCUACGAUCAAGAUUCAGGUGAUAAACCACUCACAGCAAAGGUUUUCUUCAACAAUGCAGAAGUUGCAACACAAGAAGUUGCAAACAGCACAGAUCUUAAGACAUUCAAAUUCAAAGUUCCAAAAGACACAGCAGCAGGUGAAUAUGAAGUCAAAGUCACAGCUACAGAUGGCAAGAAGAUUGGAACAAAGAAGUUCACAAUCACAAUCAAGGAUAACACAGUUCUCACAAUCGAUUUCGAACCAAAACUUAAUGCCACAUACAACAAAGGCGACAAGGUCAACUUCACAGCUGUCAUCAAUGAUCCAGAUACAAACUUCGAUAACAAGUUCACUGUUUCUCUGUUCUACAACGAUAAAGUCAAGAAGACGAUCACAUCAACUAACGAUGCAGGAUUAGUCAGAGUUCCACUUGAUUUCACCAUCCCAACAACAGAAACAAACACAACAGAAACAAACACAACAGCCGAAAUCAAGAUCGUAGUCACAACACCAACCGAAUCCUCUGAAAAAUUAACAAAUAUCAACAUCUAUCAAGAUGUUAUCGCAAGUGAUUCUGCUAAAGGAAUUCUUACAACAAAAGAAGUUAAGCAAAGGAAGGCACUCAUUGCCGUCCUCAGUGUCUUAGCAGUAAUUGCAGUUCUUGUUGCCAUUGUCGUUAUUAUUCUUUGGUUUAGAAAGUAA